GUUUUUUUCAAACAAACACAGUGACGUCACGACACACAAUGGCAGCCAGUGGCACAGCUGUAACGGUUCUUACUCCAAAUGGGAGAAGACAAACAGUUAAAGUGUCUCCAAACGCACCGUUACUACAGGUGCUGGAGGACGUCUGCAAAAAGCACGGAUUUAACCCGGACGAUCAUGGUUUGAAGUUUCAGAGGACUGUUGUUGACCUUACAGUGCCAUGGAGGUUUGCAAAUCUGCCCAACAAUGCCAAACUGGAAAUGGUGACAAGUACCAGGAAACAGGCUGUAGCCGACAGCCAGGUGCGGAUUGCGCUUCAGAUGGAGGAUGGCUCUCGUCUCCAGGGUUCCUUCUCCUGUGGACAGAGUCUGUGGGACCUGCUCACACAUUUCCCUCAGAUCAGCGUGUCAGAGCUGCCCGAGUCAGGAUCCACUCCUGUGUGUGUUUACAUGAGAGACGAGGUUAGUGGAGAAGAAGCACUAAAGAAGGCCACUCUGAAGUCUCUUGGUCUCACAGGAGGAAGUGCCAUUGUCAGGUUUUUACUCAAAAAGAACAAAAGUCCUAGAGAGGAAGAUGACAGAGAAGCCACUGAAACAGCUGCUAUGCCAACCACUCCUGUUGCCAAGGAAACCACACCUAGCUCAUCAUCUCAGCCUGAUCCUGCUCCAUCACAUCCAGAGACGUCAACAACAGACGUGCCAAUAAGAAAUUCAAGCCCCGAUACACCAAUGGAAAUUCAGUCUGCGCCAACUUCAACCCCCGGCUCUGCCACAAGCACACUUCCUGUUCAACAGGAAGAUGUUCGGAACCCCCAGGAUGCAGUUCGGCCCAAAUUCCCCCCUCUUGAGAGAGGAGCACCGGAGGAGGAUGGGGAGCAAGCAGGGCCAUCGGGACUGAGCUCUCAUCCAUCCUCUUCCUCCUCCUCCGCUCCCUCUGCCCCAUUCAUUCCCUUCUCUGGAGGCGGUCAGCGCCUUGGGGGCUUAGGAGGAGGAGCUGUCGGACGCUCGCUGUCUUCAUCCUCCUCAUCCUCAUCUCUGUCAGCCCUGACUGCUGCAAUAGAGUCGCCCAAAGCCAAGAAAGCCAAAUCCAGCCACGGCUCUAGCACCAAGCGUCAAGCCACCACCAACCAGCCAGAUGAGGACAUGGAUCAUGGGGAGGAGUUCUUGGAGCCAGUGGAGAGGGAGCCUCUCAUCUACCACCUGGACUCGAUGUCCCGUCAGUCUGAGGACCACAGGGAUCUGCCCGACGAGUUCUUUGAAAUGACGGUGGACGACGUGCGGAAGCGCUUCGCCCAGCUGCAGAGCGAGAGGAAGUUAUUGGAGGAGGCUCCACUGAUGACUAAAUCUCUGAGAGAGGCCCAGAUGAAGGAGAAAAUGGACAGAUAUCCCAAAGUUGUCCUGAGGGUCCAGUUUCCAGAUAGACAUGUUCUACAAGGCUUCUUCAGGCCCCUAGAGACAGUUGGUACUGUGAGGGACUUUGUGAGGAGCCACUUGGAGGAUCCUCAGCUCAGUUUCUACCUGUUCAUCACACCCCCAAAAGCCAUUCUGGACGACCCUUCAGUGACACUUUUCCAGGCUGGCUUGUUUCCUGGUGCGCUGGUGUACUUCGGCUCCGACAUUAAGACAGCUUUUUACAUAAAGAGGGAUCUCCUUGAAUCCUCUGUCUCGGCCUUACAAGCAAAUGAGUCCAUUGCAAGCUGCAUGCUCAAGUCUCCGACACACCCCUCCAGUUCUGUGGGCUCAGAGGAGCCGCUGCCUCCUCCAGAGCAGACGGCAGACACCAGCAAGUCCACACAGGAUGAGCGAGACCCGUCUGCACGCACCCAGGCUGCUAAACCCACCAGAUCUGACCCGGGCAAAGUGCCCAAGUGGCUCAAGCUUCCAGGUAAGAAAUGAGACUGUGAGGACUGACCACAGCAGACGUCUGACAGGCUCUGAGUAGAGCACUUAAAUCUUUGCUGUGCUUUGAAUAAGGCACAACAUUGUGACCGCAGUUGACUUAAUCCAUUGUGUAGAAUGCCUGCACUCAACUAGGUUUUUAAACGGUGAAAAUAGUGAGCUGAAUGACCUGAAUAAGUGGUAAAUCCUUCAUUGCCAUGAAGAUUGAUGUGUUUCAUUCCGGUUGAUCUCUGUGAGGAGAGAGUGUUGAUGAGGGUGCUUUUAUUCAGCAGAGGAAAAUGUAUCACAAAGUAAAUAAAGAUUGUUGUACUAAAA